GAGAGUCUUAUGUGGAGGUGAUGUAUAGCCCACUGAGCAGAAGAUGCCUGUGCAGUCCCUGCCUAGUGACAUCCUGCUGCAGCUAGGAUUGUGUUGGUGGCAUUGCCACAGGUUUGAAGACCUGUUGGAAAGAUACCCAUUCCCGAGGUCUUGUGUUUGACAGGGAAAAAAAAGUUUGACAAAACACCACUGUGGUUGAUGCUGGACCAGCCUGAUGAUGUAGUGAGCUUGAUACUGCUUUUUCGAUUUUAUUUUUUAUUAUGUUAACUGUUCUUGGAGAUUGUGCGUGAGUGGGUGGGGUGAGGUUUAGCUGGCAACCUCAGAGUAGAAUAAAUGGUAUUCAAUUCACGACUCUGGUGACGGAUAGUUGUGAUGUUUUUCACAUUCAAAUACGCACCUUACAGCAGAGCUUGAGCAGAGGAAGACAGUGCAUGGCUGGACUAUGGAGAAAGUCGUGCAAUCCCUGAGACCCGAACCCCACUGAAAUCGUAAAGCCGACUGCGUGAGAAAUCGGAUUAUACUUAAAGGAGAGAUGCUUCUUUUCCCUGGAGACUCAGGCACACAAGAAAGUUAACAACCUUAUUUAAGGUCAGAUUGUGAAAGUUUAAACGGAUGAGAAUCAAUCCCAAAUCUCCAGGAUUGCAUCAACUGUGGAUAAUCAGACAUUAUUUUAAGCUUUGUAGAGCUGUUUGUUUCCCCAAUGACGACUGCUGUUUCUUGUCGCUAUCGCAAUGAAUAAUGUGUCCGCUAUGGAUUAUGAGCUGUCACCAACCAUUCGCGAUGUCGAAGAUCUUCCACCUAGUAGUCUUGGAAUGGAUGCAGAGCAAAAGACUGUAUUUGCCUUCGUGAUUUUCCUUCUGGUGUUUCUUGUGAUACUUGUGGUUCGAUGCUUCCGUAUAUUGCUGGAUCCAUAUAGUCGGAUGCCAGCCUCAUCGUGGACUGACCACAAAGAAGGAUUAGAGAGGGGACAGUUUGAUUAUGCUUUAGUUUAGAAAAGUGAUAAAUGGCUACUGCAGAUUCGGGUGGGUGAGGCGGGAUCCUAGCGUUUUUGUUUUUUUUUUGCAUUAUUAUGCUUUUAAUUGUAACAGUAAUCAAAGGUAUAUCUAAUAUUCACUUCCAUCUCUGGAACUGCCUAAACAAUAUUUAGCUGCAGUACAAAAAAUAGCAAGCAGAAAAAGUGAUUUUUUUUUAGCACCUUGCAACUUCCUUCCUCUGCUAAUGAUGUUUACUGUUGGACUUCUAUUCCCAGUGCAAGAAGCUAUUAGCUAUAUUUGUCUGUCAGUUUCAGAUUUUGAAUCUUGGAAGCUAGCAAAAUCCUGAAGUACAUCUGUUUUAACUGUGUCGUACAAUCUCUGAAUACAACAAGAUUAUUCACAUUUAGCUUAAUUGUGUCCUACAUUCCUAAGGGUGAUAUUGUUAGAUAUUUGUAAAAAGCUGUCCAUUCAGCUAGGGUGGCACAAAUGGCAAAUAGAAUACAUUUGCUUAGAGUAAAUAACAUUUUUCUAUUUUUUUAUGUUUGAUGUGUUUUCAUUAAGUGUCUUAAAGUGAAAAGUACAUUAGUGGCAGUUAUUCAGGGAUAUGUAGAGCAGGGAGCAUAGCCUGACAGAGGGCUACAAGUUGAAAAGACUUGGACCAAAUCUAUUUAAAGUACAUAUUAAAGAAGACCUUGAGUAAUUUUAAGGUAUCAUAUAUAUUUGUUCCCAAACCGCUUGACUGGGAGCAUCAUUUCAGCGACUAUACCUUUGGUUUCCACCAUGAGCCUUACCAAACAAAGCUGGAAUGUUAAGAAAAAAGUAAAUGGAGGAAUUACUUUCCUGUAUACCUGAGAAAUUCUAAGCAUUGCUACCCGUUCAGUAGUAGUUGUGACACCAGGAGCCUUAACCAUGAUGCUCAACAUGAGGGGACAGUGGUGGGCUUCCUCACACUUAAAAUGGUUCCUUGUGUGUAUGCACCUUAUUUCUGUAAAUAUGCUAGGUGUGGUACAUAGAUUGGAGUCUGUUGGCCCAUCUCUAUCCCCUAACCUUCUCUGUAGGCUUAGAUUUCAAAUAUACCAGAUAAUCUUCCUUAAACUUAAUACAAUCCUUGUGCUAAGCUGUAGGAAUUGCAACUCAUAUCCGAAGCGAGUGACAUUUAACAUUUGCAGUGCACUAUAUGGAACAAAUGUAUCUGUGUUUCAAUGUAGUAGUAGUACUAAUGAAGAACAAACACAAUAUACAAGACAUGUCUGUAUCUACAAAUUAAAAGGUCUUGUAGUCAGCUAGGUGCCUUGUGUUUUCCUCUGUACUUACUGUAUUUUUACGUUUUCUGCAUAACACAGUGUUCAGAUUUAAUGUUUUAUCGUAAAUGACUGUAUAAAUAUAGCCAGUUUACAUAGGCGUUGUGUGUUGUGUUUGAAAACUGGGUUUCCUUAAUGUUUGCUGUAUUUUUCUUUUUAAAGGACUAAUUGUUCUGUUUUAUUAAAGCUUACUGUUUCUA